CCCCGCGGGGCGGGGCCGUCCCGACGUGCCUCGCGGCGGGGGCCGGUCCCCCGGGCCCGGGAGUCCGCGCGCGGGGCGGAAGUGGCGCGCGCCGGGAUGGCGGCAGGUCGGUAGCCGCCGCCAUGGCGCUGAUCGAGGGCGUGGGCGACGAGGUGACCGUGCUCUUCGCGCUGCUGCUGGCCGCCGUGGUGCUGGGGCUGGCCUGGGCCUCCACGCGCGCCCCCGAGCCCGCCGAGCCGCCGCGCGCCGCCGCGCCGCCCCCCGCCGCCGCCGCGCCGCCGCCCGAGGAGGGGCCCAGCGCAGCCCCGCCCGGCGGGGAGCCCAAGGCGGCGGCGGCGGCGGCCCCCGAUGGGCCGGGCGGGCUGGCGGCGGGGCUGCGGCCCCGGGCCGGCCCCGCGUCCGCGCCCGGCGACCCCGGCGAGGCGGGCGGCCCCGGCGACCCCACCAUGGUGCUGCGGCUGAAGUUCCUCAACGACACGGAGCGCCUGGCCCGGGUGCGCCCCGGCGACACGGUGGGGGCCCUCAAGAGGGCCUAUUUCCCAGGCCAGGAGCAGCAGGUGCGGCUGAUCUACCAGGGCCAGCUGCUGCGGGACGACGCUCAGAGCCUGGCUGCCCUGCACCUCACCCACAACAGCGUCCUGCACUGCCACAUCUCCCCGCACAGCCCGGCGCCCGCACCCGCCGGCCCCCACGCCUCCGCCGACCCCGUGCACGCGGCCCUCAACGUGGGCAGCCUCAUGCUGCCGCUCUUCGUGCUCAUGCUGGCGGUGCUCUGGUACUUCCAGCUGCAGUAUCGGCACGUCUUCACCGCCACCGCCACCACCUUCCUGGCCGGCCUCACCUUGCUGUUCAGUUUCAUGGCCUUCACCAUGUACCGCAGAUAGCACUGUCCCUGCGCCCCGAGGGGACCCUGCAAGCCCUCCCGCCUGGGAAUAAACUGUCCUGGGCGGAGUCCGCCCGCUGCGCCUGAACACGAGGGGAGCCUGGGCUGUCGGCUGCGUCUCCCGGUUGGUCUGGGGGACUGCGUGACAGAGGCGCGGGACUGAGGGAGUCGGACCGGGCGUGAGUCCCGACGUGUAGCCAGGAGGUAGGCAGGCGGUGGCCCAUGUUCUGUAGUCCCUUGGCUCCUUUCUCUUUGUGGCACGGGGAGAAGGGUGCUGCUGCGAGGGAGUCCCCCCCGGAGCCUGGCAGCGCUGGUUCUGUGCUGCUGCCAGAGCCUUAACUGCUGCGAAGUGUCGUGCUGCCUCUGGGGAGGGGAGAUACCGCGUCGCAAGGAGCGAGUUCCUCUGCAGGACAGGUUGAGGUGUCUGGCAGUGGAAAUCUCUCAGCAGGAGAGGAAUCUUGCUGUGCAAAUGGAGCCCGUCCAAGCUCACCUGCCCCCAUCUGCUGUUCGCCCGUGUCUCGUGCGCAGGCCGGGCGCUCCUGCUCGCGCGCUUGCUCCUCCACAGACUGGUGUGUGGUGUGAGUGCCCUGGGGGGCCGUGUGCCACGUCUGCCCCUGCACGCUUCCGUGCUUGCCACCGCACGCAGACCCGGGCUCUGCGCUGUGCCCUGGUGCCUGGUUCGCUGCUUCCCGCGGGACCGAGGCUGUGCUGCGAGCAGCGGUACCGCGAGGGGAGCGCGUCCCCGAGGCUGCCCGCGUGUCGCCCUUGGGGCUGCUGCCGUGAGGGCGCCGGGGGCAGGUGGGUAUGGCGGGGGGCGCAACGUGGCCCGUGUCUCAGCGCAAACCCCGCGUGCCCCGUGCCUGGCGGCGGUCCUGGGGCCGGGCGGGCUGCCCCGGGCAGCGGCGCUCGGAGCGGCGGAGCGUGCUGCUCACUGAUGCUUCUUUUAAAAUAAAACCCAACUGUGAAUGCUGAAA